AUGACUUAUAUCUCAACCCAACAUCAUCCUCUGUCAUACUUUCUUUGAGCUGCGGAAACAGAAUUUACUUUCCCUUGCUCCGUGGUUUUGAUAUUGUUUACUUCUCCAUAGAAACGGGCAAAUGACAUUUCUAUGGAAGCCAACACGAGUGGGUCAUUGACACAUGCAUCUUCACGGUACAGGAUCAUACCCCAACUCUUGUUUGAUCAAACCUUGUUGGUGUGCCCUUUUGAAAAACUUGGGCAAAACGAAUUGUCUUAUGGGGACAAGCAACAUGAUCAUUAGGGGGAACAACACCCCGGCGAUGGGGAUCCAUGUGAUCCCUAAGCAUGCCACCAGGUAUGCUGCUUGGAAUAUGGUGAAAACUGUUAUUGUCUUGAAAGGCACUGAUUCCAUAAAUGUCGCAGCAGUAAGAUCCGCUCCCAGAAUUGAUUGCCUGGCAAGCUUUCGAUUGCCAUGAAUGCAAAAUAGCCCCAAAGUACAGAGGUUGGGAUCAUUUUGAGAAGUGGCAUGGCAGCCACACACCCACCCACCAUCAUUGACUGUAAAAGGUUACUCAC